AUGAGGCGGUUCCUUGUUCGUGGUGGUACUGUAUGUGGAGACUUACACGGAUCUCAGCUGAUCGAGCGAACGAACGGACGAACGGACGAACUCGUGAACGAUGAUGCUGAAAUUUGUGAAUUGAAUCGUAUCACCCGAAAUGCCAGCUCGACCACCAUGAACUUCACGAUGGGCAAAACAGCAACAGCACGAAUUCGCUUGGGAGAACGUCGUACGCAUGUCUUUUUGGUUUGCAUCAUCAAUUCUCCACUGGUCGCAGCUUCCGAUGCGAAGCGAAGUAGAGGAGGAAAUGAUUGUGCUUAUCCACAACGCCAAUUUCGAAAUGCUCCGAAGUUCGAGUUGUGCUCUACGAGAACACGUCGACAACAAAGAGGAGAGAAAUAA